AUGGAUGAGGAAAAGAUAGAUUACUAUCUUUGGACAGUCGAUCAAAUCUUCCGAGACUUCCUUGGCAGAAGAGCCGGCUUGAUCAAGGCUCUCACCACUGAUUUUAACAAGUUCUACACGAAGUGCGAUCCGGAAAAACCCAAGAUGUGUCUUUACGGGCGUCCUAAUGAGACUUGGAAAGUAAAGGAACGUCCUCUUCUUUUCAGCGAACUUCCCGAACCACACUCGGGAAUUAACUGCAUUAGAGAUGGGAUGCUAGAAAAGGACUGGCUUGCCCAUGUUGCAAUCCACAGUGAUGCAUGGAUAAUUUCUCUUGCCUUCUAUAUUGCUGCUCGUGCUGGGUGUGAUCAUGACGUCAGGCAGCAGCUUUUCAAUAUGAUAAAUAGUAAUCCUACUUUAUAUGAGAUUGUAUCUGGAACUGUGAAAAUGCCGGCGAAGGAAGAGACGUCCAAUGCGAGCAGGAAGGAUAAAUCGAGGUCUAAAAAGCGUUCGAGAGUACGAGUUUUGGGGUGGCCUCUGCCUUCAAUAGAAGAGGAAGAGGACGUCGAGGACGAAGCUGAACAGAAGGCCGCGGCAGCUGACCAUAGUAGCAUCACAUGUGGCGCAUGUGGAAGAUGGUUUUCCGAUGAUACCGAGUACUGGAUAUUAUGCGACGUGUGUGGGAUAUGGUAUCAUGGAAACUGUGUCAGAGUGACACCUGAGCGUUAUAAACAACUCAAGCGCUACAGUCGAGUCGAUGGCUCCAGUGCUCUUGAAAUGGGCGCUCUUCACCCCCCUCUUGACUUUGCUCGCCUCUUCCCAUCAUCCAACUCGUGCGCCUCAAGUGUUCUUGUAGUUGAUGUGAUUUAG